AUGCAGAAAGAAAAACUUGAAGCUAUGUUCCUGAAGACUAAGUACCCCAGUCGCGCAGAAAAAGCGACUAUGGCCGCCACACUCGACAUUACAAUCAACAAAGUACAGACCUGGUUCUGUAACCGUCGUCAAAAGUGGAGAAAGCAACAGAAGAAAGGAGUAGGUCCAUCAGCUUGUCCCUCAGUUCUCCCCCGAGUGUCUGUUGUUAAUCGAAGCUACAAGAGUACUGCCAGCCUCGAAUGUUACUCCCAGUUCCCUAGACAACGACAGGAGCAUUCUCAGCCACUAUCUUACGCUCCGUACCAGGCCACAGUUCCAUUCGCCUCAUCGCCACAGACUUGUACUCAGUCUUUUGCUUCUUGUAAUCAGAUAUAUUCACAGGAAUGCCAACCAAAGCUGAUGUCGUCCCAACGACACUUUUCUUCGAAGCAGCAUCCUGUUCCUAACCUACCUGUUGUUACAGAAACCAUAUCGCCUCCUUACUCGCUGUUUCCUCAUUUGACGCAGAGAAUCCCACAGCUGUAUCCAGAUGCGUACCCACCUUCCUUUUAUGCUACAGAUUCAUCCGGAUGUACCGUGCAACAGCCAGAGCCUUCCCAGACUACUUGCCAACCGAUGGAAGUGUUUCAGGCCUCUCAGGCAGCGUUUACCCGUCUGGCCGAUGAAUUCCCAUUCUCGUAUGCCACUGCAAAAGAAAUGCCGCAUAUCUUCGGGGAAAUUGAAGACGAUGAGGUCUUAGGCUGUCCACUCACUCCCUCUUUUGAUUGUUCAUCAGACCUUGCUUUACGAAGAGAAUUUGUGCUGCGCGAGUCAUGUCACUUCAGUUCCAUCACAACUGAUUUCAGCAACCGUGUUUCGCCUACGUAG